AUAAUCGAACAACACUUCACUUGUUGAGAGCUUUGCGUCGCGAAGAAGUGUAGGCUGUGCAAGUGUCGAUCAUUAUUUUUAUAUUUCAGCAUAAAUCAUAUUUUCUGGUGUGUUAGUUUCAACAAAUUGCAAAUAUUACAAUGUCCUGGUAUUAUACUCCCCGUCCGACCGUGUAUGCUGCGGAGGAAUUUGAUCCAUCCGUCGAUGCAGCUGCUCUCCGAAAAGCAAUGAAGGGAUUUGGUACCGAUGAGCAGGCUAUCAUCGAUAUACUUUGUUCCAGAAGUAACCAGCAGCGAAACGAAAUCGCGGAUGCUUUUAGCCGCGAAUUAGGAAGGGACUUAAUCGACGAUCUGAAAUCGGAACUUGGUGGCAAAUUCGAGGAUGUUAUUAUUGGCCUGAUGAUGCCCCCUGAGAAAUAUAUCUGCAAACAACUACAUAAAGCAAUGGACGGAAUUGGCACAAACGAGAAAACAUUGAUCGAGAUUUUGUGUUCAUUAACCAAUGAGCAAGUCAAGAGCGUUGUCGACUGUUACGAAGAAAUGUAUGAUCGACCAUUGGCGGAACACUUGUGCAGCGAAACCUCUGGUAGCUUCAGGAGGCUUCUCACGAUGAUUAUUAUCGGAACACGUGAUCCUCAGGGAACGGUAGAUCCCGAUUUGGCUGUAGAGCAGGCUAAUCAACUGUACAAUGCGGGUGAAGGUAAACUGGGCACCGAUGAAGAAGUAUUUUACAAAAUUCUGGCCCAUGCUAGCUAUGAUCAACUGGAGCUAGUGUUCGAAGAGUACAAAGGUUUAACAGGACGAACAAUUGAGCAAGCUUUGAAAGCUGAAUUGAGCGGAGAAUUGUACGAUGCAUUGAGCGCGAUUGUAGAGUGUGUCCAAAUGGCACCACAUUUCUUUGCAAAACGCUUGCAUAAAGCUAUGGACGGCGUUGGAACUGAUGAUGCCACUUUAAUCCGCAUUAUUAUUACUCGUUCAGAAAUUGAUUUGCAAAAUAUUAAGGAUGAAUAUGAGCAAAUGUACAACAAGUCGCUAUACAGCGUAGUCAAGAGUGAGACCUCUGGUGAUUAUAAGCGCGCACUAUUAGCCCUUAUUGGCGAUGCUUGAAAACCUACGUUAAAGAUCAAAUAUUUUAACUAUUCCUUCGCAUGAUAUUGACAGCUUCUUAACACGCUCCAAGGGUUGUCAACUGGAUGAAUUUCGAAAAUACAAAAGCGUUGUCACGAUGAAACGUAUUGCCAAAUAAAAGAAACAAAUCGGAUGCCUUGAAUAA